CUCCUCACAUAUGAUCCAGCAGCAUCCAUCUCUCCGGAUGCGAUGCGCCGCACUCAGCCGUCUUGAUUCCCGCCUGGUCGCGGCAUCAGCACCAGUGAGGAUAGUGCACAGUGGAGAGAUGAUGAAGACAUGAGCACAUCCAACAGAUUUGGAUGGAGUCCUCUUUUAACGCCGUAGAGCUCCGGGAGCUGAGGGGCGGAGGAGGCGGGCGGAGUAUGUCUCCGGCGCCGACCGCAGUGAGUGGGGGUUUCCGGGGCUUCGAGAACGCCUCCUACCUGCAGGAUGAAGAGAAUGAAGACCGCCAGCAGGGGGCAACUGUCCCGGGGGGGUGUCCACCCACAACUUCAGGCAACAUCAAGGUGGAACAGCAGCAUCAGGAGCUCUCACCGCGGCCGUACGAUGAGGAGGAAGGAGUUGGAGAUCAGGAGGACGGCCAGGACUUCACAGAGUUCCACCCCACCGACGACCACACAGCGGACUAUGGCUUCAUCUUCGCCCUGGUGUUCCUGGUGAGCGGCAUCGUGCUGGUGGUCAUCGCCUACACAAUCCCCCGAGAUGCCAAGGUUGACCCGGACUCCGUGUCGGCCCGCCAGAUGGAGAGGCUGGAGAUGUACUAUGCCCAGCUCGGCUCCCACCUGGACAAGUGCAUCAUCGCGGGCCUGGGCCUGCUGACUCUGGGGGGGAUGUUCCUCUCUGUGCUGCUCAUGGUGUCCAUCUGCCGGGGCGAGAUGUACCGACGCAGGGCGGUGUUUGUUCGACCCAAGAGGACUUACGGCUCCAUCAACCUGAGGAUGAAGCAGCUGGCGACUGGUGAGGCAGUAGGAGGCAUAGACGGAGGUGAGGAGUUUUUGGUGGAACACACAGAGACGAGGAGUAACACGCAGCCAGGUCCGAGCCGGGACACCAAAUCAGAACCAGGACCAGGCAAUCCUCCUCCUGCUGUUGCUGCUGCUUCAUCCUCUUCUUCUUCACAUGGAGUCAAUUAG